CAGACGGGGCGCCGGCCCCAAUGGAUCACUAGCUCCAGUAUUCGGCUGCCGCUUGACAUCGGGAUGCACGACCCAAAGUACCGAGGAAGCCCCGACUCUCUCCGGCACAGUCGCGCAGUCCGCAGCCAGCGUUCAUCUUAGUCAUCCCGAUCCUGCUGUCGGAAGUAGAGUCGGGGUCUUCCAGUCGUCACAGUCAGGCAAGUACGCACACCGUCUGAGCCCUUCCCCUCCUGAUGCAUAUCCGGUUUCCAGUGCUACUCCUUCAAGCUGCUUGAGCCGACACAAUCCCGACGGCGACCUACGAGCUGCUGCACCGCCGCAGCCCACGGCAUGUUGGACAUCGGGAUGCACGACCCAAAGUACCGUGGAAGCCCCGACUCUCUCCGGUACAGUCGCGCAGUCCGCAGCCAGCGUUCAUCUUAGUCAUCCCGAUCCUGCUGCCGGAAGUAGAGUCGGGGUCUUCCAGUCGUCACAGUCAGGCAAGUACGCACACCGUCUGAGCCCUUCCCCUCCUGAUGCAUAUCCAGUUUCCAGUGCCACUCCCUUAAGGCGUCCGGGACGAGGCCAAAAGUCGCGAUUGCCGUGUAACGAGUCGCUGAACAUCUACUACCAGAACGUCGGUGGCAUGAACACACGAGCUCUGGAGUACUGUCUCGCAUGCUCCGCCGUCUCAUAUGAUGUUAUCGCAGUAACGGAGACCUGGUUAAAGGCCAGCACACUGUCCACUCAAGUUUUCGGGAACGGCUACGAGGUCUUCAGGGGUGAUCGCGAGCAGUUCGUCAACAGCCAGAAGAGAGAUGGCGGGGGCGUUGCUAUCGCGGUUCGUCACGGACUUCGAGCGCGAAUUGUUGUGUCCGAUGAAUGGAAGUGUGCCGAGCAAGUAUGGGUCGCCAUCGAUCUCGAUGACCAUACUGUCUUCAUCUGCGCUGCGUACAUCCCCCCCGAUCAAACCAGCAGUGCAAAUGUGUUUGAAAUCAACGCAGCUUCUGUUUUGGCCGUCUCUGCCAUGGCCCGCCCCUACGAUGAACUCAUCGUCCUCGGAGAUUUCAACCUGCCAGGAUUGAUCUGGCGUCCCAGCGGCGAUGGUUUUCUGUAUGCCGACUCUGCGCUUUCAACCCAGGCCGCGCACGUGACGGAGUUUCUGGACAGCUAUUCCAGCUCCUUGCUUCAACAGAUCAACUCUUUCCCGAACGAAAACAACGUGGUGUUGGACCUCUGCUUUGUCAGCUGCCCAGAUACCGCACCCCCGCUAGUCAUCGCUCCGGCACCGCUAGUUAAGGAUGUCCGGCAUCAUCCGCCGCUGCUGCUGUCCCUGCCGGUCCGUUUGGCCACCGAGCACACGCCAGUUGUUUGUGAAGUCCGCUAUGACUAUCGCAAUUUAGACGUUCCCAGCAUGUUAGAGCUCCUGCAAAGCAUUGAUUGGGAGAACACACUUGACAAGGAUAAUCUCGACGAGGCCGUACAGACCUUUACCAACAUUCUUAGCUACGCCAUCGACAGGCACGUACCUAAGAAACCUGUUACGAACGCUCGUGUUCCAUGGCAAACUAGCGAGCUUAGGAGAGUCAAAGCUGCAAAGAGGUCGGCACUGAAAAAUUCUCCAAACAUCGGACGUUACCUUUGCACAACUAUUACGUGCGACUCAACAGCUGCUACAAAAGGAUGA